AUGGCACCCCCAACAGCCACAGAAACCGCCUCCGUCACACUGCAAGCCCGCCAAUCCACCCAGGAAGAGGGUUCGCAGAAGGCAAAGGUGAAAAUGGGCAUCCCCAAGCCCCCUGUCUUCGACGACAAGGUGAAAGAGCGAGAAUACCUAAAAGGCCGACUCGCCGCUGCAUUCCGGAUCUUUGGAAAGAACGGAUACGACGAGGGAGUCGCCGGCCACAUCACCCUCCGCGACCCCGUCGACCCCACCACCUUCUGGGUGAACCCGUUCGGCGUCGCCUUCUCGCAGAUCAAAUCCUCCGACCUCAUCCAGGUGAAUCACGCCGGGGAAGUCAUCGACGGCGGACCCGUGCGCAUGCUCAAUGCCGCCGCCUUCAUGAUCCACGCCGCCAUCCACGCCGCCAGACCGGAUGUCGUCUGCGCAGCACAUAGCCACAGUCUUCAUGGAAGGGCGUUUUGUUCGCUCGGUCGACCGCUCGAUAUCAUUACGCAGGACUCGUGUGCGUUUUAUAAUGACCACGUCGUCUACAAACAAUUCAACGGGGUGGUUCUCGCAGAAGAGGAAGGGCGCAACAUCGCCACCGCGCUCGGCGACAAGAAGGCCGCACUGCUGCAGAACCACGGACUCCUGACGGUGGGCGCGUCGGUCGAGGAGACGGUGUUCUGGUUCGUCAGUCUGGAGAAAUGCUGCUAUGCGCAGCUGCUUGCCGAUGCGGCGGCUGCGGGCCGGGGCGGGGCGACGAUGAAGAUCGAUGAUGCCGAUGCGGCGUUUACGUAUAAGACGGUGGGGACGCCGAUGGCGGGGUGGUUUAGUGCGAAGCCGUUGUUUGAUGUCGUUCAUGAGGAGACGGGGGGGAGGUAUUUGGAGUAG